AUGGUGAUUUCCGGAGCUCCUGAGCCGUCGCCAGAGCUCGUUGCCGCUUGGUUGGCAGCCGUCUCCAAGCCCCCGUCGGUCCCCGAAAGGGCGACCUUGGCGACGAAGUCCACUCUACCGCCGGCUUCGAAACCCGUGACAGCAGUCGCUGAAAAGACUCCUCCCCACGCACCCGCGGAUCCCCUUGCCACGUCGGAGGCUGACCCGUCUGCCCCCGCUGCUGUUCCGUCUGCUCCGCCUGCGGCUCCUGGCCACUCUGCUCCCCUUGUCGAGCCGUCGGCGUCUGCCCCUGUUGGGGGUGUUGCUGAUCCCCCUGCGCCUGUCCUUGGCGCCCCUGUUGCACCGCCCGCUUCUGUCCCCGGCGUGCCUGCUCCGGCCUCUGCUUCGUCACCGAAGGAGGCGUCCGCCACCACUGGCGGACCGGCUCCGUUGGUUGCGCCCUCGGCAGCGGGUCAAUCCGCACCUGAUGUGACGCCGAUGGUCCCAGCGGGUCAACCGUCACGCCCGCCGUCACCCAACCGUCGCUCGUCGCGCCCACAUUCCCCCGCUCCCCAACAGGAGCGCAAGUCGUCUCGUCGCCGGCGUGAGUCUCCGCGGCAUUAUCAGCAACAGUCGCACUGGCCUGCUCACCCCGGAGGUCAGGGGGGUUGGAGGGGUCCCCGUGCUCGUGGCGGGGGUGGGGGGUACCGCCCGCCCGUGACGAUGGCGGAUCUUCAGCGGGAAGUGUCGAGGGCGGUUCGUGAGGAGAGGGCUGCGCAGAGCCAGAGCAGUUCGAUGCGCGCCUCGCCAGCCCACGAGGCCCCUCGUCCGGCUGCGCUCCCCGCGAACCCGCAGCCUGUCGCUGCGCCUCCCCCUCAGAUCCAUGUGCCGCGAGCUCCUUCUCCCGCUGUCUCGGCACCUGCUCCCGGCUCUCGUCUCCAUCUACCGCCGGUUCCGCCCGUUGCGGGAGUGGAGUUUGUGGCCGCGGGUGGUGGCACGGCGGCGGCUCCGUAUGCUCUCCAACUCCACCGCCUCGCGGAGACUCUCCACGCGCUGCUGCUGAUUCAGGUCCUUGCUCACUCCUCUCUUCCCGUGAUCCCUCCUGAGACCUUCCGUGGCCGCCAGCGUGACACUUGUCUGGACGCGGCGGACCAACUCGCAGUGCUGCUGGCGCCCGUACUGGCUGCGCCCGUGGAGGGUGGCGCUGCUGCUGUGGGACAGCUUGACGAGGCUGUCCGGGGCUUGAGGCGGCACUUGCGCGCAGGAUCUGGAGCCGCGGCGAUCGGCGCAAGCACGCUUGUGGUCCGGGAGCUGUGGCGCUCCCUGACGGGCGUUCUUCACGCCCUUGGAGCUCACCGCAUGUAG